AUGCAGCGGGAUGCGGCGAGGUUAGAUUUUGCUGCUAAGCAGCUGGACAGCGUCGGAUUUAAGCACCGUGUUGAGUUUUUCUAUCAGGGAAAAGGCUCCCGCAAACAACUCACUAUAGAAAACACUACAGUACUCCGCGCUAGUGAACUGAACGUUGUGGCCAGAAAGAGUCCAUUUUCGGGUCUACAGAGUGACGACAAUCUUGGACCAGUUUUAGCAUCGACCGGAAUAAGCGAAAUAACUUCGUCACGAAUUCAUCACACCGUAUAG